AUGGCUAAUGUUUCUCUCUCGUCAAUACCCCCUGAUCAGACUGUGAUCAAGCUUCCGCAUCCCUAUCAUACCGAAUACACUAUCCAAAAGGCGUCGGCCGAACCAACCGCGGACAACAAUGUUGAACACUAUCGUCUAAACAUCAAGCCCAGCGCCGCUUCCGGAAAGAAGCCUCCCGUAGAGCUUCACGCUUCCCACGCCGUCUUCACCGAGCCAAUUGAUCUCAAAUCAAACGAACUGCCGCCGCAUUCGAAUAACAGCGCCUGGGCACGCGCCAGACGAUCGCCAUGCGCAACCAUAUCGUGGGAUACUCUUAAAGAGCGUCCGACUUUGGCGCAAGCGUGGAUGAUACUCUAUGUGCUCUUCACCACGCGAUCUUCCAUAGAAACAGUCAGACUUCAGCUCACUGGCGCAAACGCCAUUGUCUUGGGACAGCAGCUGAAGGAUGUUGUUCUUGCCAUUGACCAUCCGCUCCGCCCUCAAGAGCAGCCAGGGCCAUCCACAACCACAGAUAGUGUUGUUGUCUUGGCCUUGCGAUCAACUUUCUGGCAAGGCGCUGGAUCUCCUUUCGGUCCUCGACCUGUCUGGUGUCCUGAGGAGUCUUCAUCAUCUCUGCCCUCGUCCAAUCCAUUGAACUCAUAUCCCCUCACGCCUCUCCAGCACACAAUGACAAUAACUUCAGCCGGCGAUCCUCAAGACCCUGACCGACGUCAGCAAACAUGGCAUCCGAUCCGUCCCGCUAAGCCAGCUCCCGGUGCUGUUAUUUACAGUCGAUGGAUCCCCCACCUGCAAGAGGCAUUUUCGAUGGUGUCGCUUGAUUGGCAAGAUGCCGAGCACCUGAGGCUCUUCCAUGAGUGGCAAAACGACCCUCGUGUGUCGCAAGGCUGGAACGAGACGGGCACUUUGGAGCAACACCGAGAGUAUCUACGAAAGAUGCAUGUCGAUCCGCACCAAGUUGCCGUCCUGGCCAAGUGGGACGACACAUACUUUGCAUACUUUGAGAUUUACUGGGCCAAGGAGGAUCGGCUCGGAAGCUAUUAUGAAGCCCAGGACUUCGACCGUGGCCGCCACUCCCUCGUUGGCGAUGUCCGUUUCCGCGGUCCGCAUAGAGUAUCUGCCUGGUGGAGCAGUUUGAUGCAUUACCUCUAUCUUGACGAUCCUCGAACCAUGUACGUUGUGGGCGAGCCCAAGGACAGCAACUCGACAGUCGUCAUGUACGACCUCAUCCAUGGUUUUGGCCUUGAUAAGUUUAUCGACCUGCCGCAUAAGCGAAGUGCCUUUGUGCGCUGCCACAGAGACCGCUUCUUCCAGCUCUGCCCGCUGGGCGAUAACGAGAAGGCAGUUGGUGGCAUGAGGAUUGGGCUGGUUCCGAAGCUGUAG